AUGCGACUCCAAGGAGAGCAGUCCGACGCUCGCGCAAAGGCAAAAGCUGACAACCGUCGCAGCUGGGUGCCUGCUUCCACCAAUCCCCCUCCGGUCCGAGAUGAACAGGAAGAAGCAGAGCUGAAAAAGUCGAAACGCGCCAGCUUGGCCUUUGGUCCCAACGCGCUCAACCUCAACCUCGCAAACCGUCCCGGAAGCGGUCAAAGCUAUGGCCAUCGACGCACAGCCAGCGGCAGUCGCAGCGUCUCGGGGGCGUCCAAGGGCGAAGCCGAAGAGUCGGAAGAGCCCUUGAGCCCCACUUUUGCCAAUGGUCUUCGCGGCUUGCGACUGUCGGGAACGGGAGCAACCAAUGGCACGUUCAACUCGUUGCUCAUGCCUGUUGCACCUAAUGGCGGUGGCGGCGACGACAAUGCCAGCUCAGCGCCCAACUCGCGUCGCAGCUCGUUCCGCAGCGACGCAGGAAAGUCGCCGAGGCUUGCUCCCUCUGAUCUUCCUGCACCCGACUUGGUCGACUUGCCACCCUCAUCAGGCGCUCGCCUCUCGGUGCCAACACCAGGUCUGAGCGGUCAGCGCCCAUCGUUGCUCAGCUCGCCCGCGUUGUCCCAGGGCGCUGCGAGCUCCGUCGGCGUGGGAUCGCCCAUCAUGGAAGACAACGAGGAGGAAGAAACCAAUCUGAGCAUCGACGCGACCGUUGCCAAAGCGCUCCCCAACCUGCCUUCGAGAGAGUCGUCGAUGCACUUCCAGGCGCACGAUCGCGAGCUCCGUGCUAAGGAGGUGGAAAUCGAACGGCUCACACGCGAGAUGAGCGCCAUGCGCAUGUCGAUGGAAGAAGCCUUCGAGGCGAGAAAGGCGAGCGAAGCGUGUCUCAAGGCGCUGCGUGACUUUAUCGCCCACCAUGACGCCGACGCGGAUGCCAAUGGUCAGAUGGGCGAUGAUGCGGAUCGCAUCGUGCAGCGUGCCAGCGUGGGUACUGGCAUGCUUAAAGGAGUCAAGCUGCCGCCACUGCCAACGGACGAUAUCGACGAUGACGAGGAAGCGGCGCACUUGAGUCCGCAGAAGGCGGUGAGCAGGGGCGGAGGAGGCGGUGGAGGCGGAGGGUGGGGUAUGAAGCUACCCACUCUGAUGCGCAAGGCAACGUCGUCCAGCACGAAUACCGGCGGAGGCACUUCCAACGGUCCGACACCUUCGGAUGAGGCUAGAGCUGGCACCUCACCAGACACCGGAGCAACAGCCGGAGGCGGUGGUGGAUUCUUUGGAGUCGCAUCAUCCUCUCCACGCAACUCGGCCGGGGCAUCUGCCUCUGCGUUUGCAGCACCUGCCAAAUCCAUCGGUUCGAGCUUUGCCGGCUUCAGCAACUUGCUCAGCCGCACUGCAACAGGCACCACACCCACCGAGACAGCGCCUUCCACAGAUGGUGCUGCUGCUCCCACAAGCUCUGCCUCGCCUCAGUCUGAGAUCGUCGGUCUCGGAGUCGGCUCUCCUUCAGCAGAAGAAGUUGGAGCAGGCAGCGCGUUUAAAGGGUUCGGGUGGUUCAAGCGUGCGUCUGUCCUCUCGCCCACUGGCACCCCUUCUGCCGCUACCGACGCCGCUGCAGCACAAUCGGAACCGGUGAUGGAAGAAAAAGUGCUCUCUCCACCCUUCCGAUCGCUCGACCACGACCAGCUGUCGAUUUCACGUCAGAGCGUCAUCUCACCGCUCUCCGAGACGCAGGCGAAACAGCUCGCCAACGGUAUCACGCAAGGGACAGCGAGCAAUGGGCCGUCGAGCUCGACAUCUACUUCGUCCAUCCGCACCCCUAGUGUCAGUGGAUCCAAUAGCAACGCCCUGGCGCUCGCUGCGAGGUUUGGCGAUGAGGAGGAGGCGAAGAAGGUUGCCGAGACGUUCCAGAACGCCGAACCGGAGCUGUCGCACCGGGCGCAGAGGGCGGCUCAGAAGACGGAGCAGGUCGAACACUUGACGGAUGUCCUGCCGUCGUUUGAUUAG